UGAAGCUCUUAGAAACAGUUUGAAGGCCGUCAGAGAGAAAAAACAACUGGAAUUUAUCACCUCUGGCAUAAUAAUACACACACAGCGUGUGUAAGGUCAACAGCGCGCCCCGGUGAGGGGGGGCAGGACCGUGGGGACCGAACCUGUAAGUAGACGCUGCUUGAAUUAAAUAUCUGGACUGAAGACAACAGGGGACCAGAAGUUCCUGUCCCUCCAAGUAGGAGAACUAUCUUGCAACUAAAAAAAAAAAUCUCAGAUUCAUAUGAACUUUGAAAACUUUUGCACGCGCCAUUCCGUUUUGGAUUCCCGGGACUUCUGGCACACCUUUACGCACGCCUGCGCAGCGCCCUGUGACUGUCACACAGCGUCUGAUGUGUGAUCGUGUUAGAAACUUUUAAUCCGGGCCAUGCUGCAGUGACUUCAGUCCGCUGCCUGGGACUUCAUGAUCAAGUUGUAAACAGCGGGAGGCGAAGAAGGAUGCUUGGAAAAUAUUUAUAACACACCGAGCGGAGGAGACGAAAUCUUUUCGUGUUACUUGAUCGAGCAGCACUGAGGACAGUAAAUCACAAGGAGGCAAGUGGCCUGCAGAGGUGAAGCGAGGACAAGACAGGUUGGUGUCUCCAAAUUCACCGGGAUCGAGUUUCAGCCGCCCCGGGGGCUCCUGGUAUUAAAGCGUGCAUUUGACCUGGGAUAAGUUGUCAACAAGAACAGCGAGCGGAGGCAAACUGGCAGGUGUACAAGUUCAUUUACAUGCAUACGUAUAUUCACGCCACUAUAUAUAGAAGUUGUCUUAGGGACGAGCAGCCUUAAUAAGUUUCUCCACCCACCCGCCGGCCCUGCAGCAGCUCCACGCACCGGGCGUGUGCGUGUGUCUAUAUAUACACCAUACAGGCUUUUAUUCCUCUUCGCAAUCUGUAUCCGAGAGGGCUGCCCGCCGUCGGUUUGGCUGUGAGGGCAGGAGUCGUCGCAUGGACUGACAUGGCCACCGACCUCGCCAUGAGCGCAGAGCUGCCCAACAGCCCUCUGGCCAUCGAGUACGUCAACGACUUUGACCUGAUGAAGUUUGAGGUGAAGAAGGAGCCGCCGGAGGCCGACCGCUACUGCCACCGCCUCCCGUCGGGCUCCCUCUCCUCCACCCCGAUUAGCACACCCUGCUCCUCCGUGCCUUCCUCGCCCAGCUUCUGCGCCCCGAGCCCGGGCGCACAGCAAAACCAGAGCCUCGCCAGCGGAGUCAACAGCAGCGGCAACAGCAACAACAGCAGCAGCAACAACAAUCACAGCAACGCGGGCAAGCCUCAGCUGGAGGACCUGUACUGGAUCCCCAGCUACCAGCACCACAUCAACCCCGAGGCGCUCAACCUGACCCCGGAGGACGCGGUGGAGGCCCUCAUAGGCAACGCGCACCACCAUCACCACCACCACCAGGCCUACGAGGGCUUUCGCGGACAGCAGUACGUCGGGGAGGACCUGUCCACGGCCUCGGCGGCCCACCAUCACCAGGCCCAUCACCACCAUCAUCACCACCACCACGGCCACCACGCCCGCCUGGAGGACCGCUUCUCGGAUGAGCAGCUGGUCAGCAUGACGGUGCGGGAGCUGAACCGGCAGCUGCGGGGCUUCAGCAAGGAGGAGGUGAUACGCCUGAAGCAGAAGAGGCGCACCCUGAAGAACCGGGGCUACGCGCAGUCCUGCCGCUUCAAACGCGUCCAGCAGAGGCACAUGCUGGAGACCGAGAAGUGCACCCUGCAGAACCAGGUGGAGCAGCUGAAGCAGGACGUGGCGCGCCUUGUCAAGGAGCGGGAUCUUUAUAAGGAGAAGUACGAGAAGCUGGCCAGCCGGACCUACAAUGCCGGUGGACCCGCGAACACAAGAGAUCCGUCCGGGAAACAGGCCAACACCGAGUUCUUCAUGUGAGAGACUGAUGAUUUGUAGCAUAGACUCUGAAUUACACCCCCACCUAAACAUCCUUGUUACAUUAAUUUAUAUUUUUCUGCGUUUGUAUUUUGUUUACAGUUAUUCCCUCGACAGAAAAGACUUUAAAACACAACAUCUUAACAGAUAAGCAUUAGAUGUGCACAAAAGUAAUCCUUGUGCGCAUUUUAAGUCUUAAAGAUGUUUCGGCUAAACUUCUGUAAGCCUACAACGACCUGUCAUGUAGUGAUGUGGACACAUGGGAUCACUUAGCCUGUAGACUUUUCUCUGGUGCAACACAACCUGGUCAGAAGUCUUACUGAACCAACCUGACAUGUAAGGUGACUGUCUUAAUUCAGAGAGAGAGGUGAGUUUGUCUUAAAACUGGGGGAAGAAUGAUUUUUCUAAUAAAAAAAAUGAGAUUGGACUGAAAUAGAAGCAGAAAAAGCAAUACACCGCCUCUCCUUUGGCUGUAGAGAGCUCACCGGACUGUUUGUGUCAAAGAGGGGCGGUCUGUGAUGCAGAGAUGAGACCUUUCAAUAUUGCAAGUCUAUAGUUUCCCAUCCCUAUUUGCGACCCUGCAUGCAGGACAUGUAUGGUAACCUCCAGUCAUCUCCCAGAAUCCUUCCACCUGUAUGGAAAGCAUGGCCCAUGGUUCUCUCCUCCUCUAACGCUUCUCCUUCCUCCUCCUCCUCCUCCUCCUCUUCCUCCUCCUCCUCCUCUACCAUUAGUAAGGCCUGGGUAUGCAGAAAGCCACAAAAUGUUUCCUCCACAAACCCCCCUGAGAGGUGCAAGGACUGCGGACUAAAAUGCAAAACAAUCUGCUACUGCGAAAAAUGGAUGCGUCUUUAACUGCUAUUUUCAAUCAAUUUUUCUAUUGUUUUAAAAAGAAAAGAAAAACGACAAAAAGAGAUUAACUGAGCCAGAUUUUAGACUGUAUUUAUUUCCACCUGUACAUAAUGUGUAGAGAAAAAACAGUUAACUGUGUUAUUUUACCUUCUCUCUUUUUAAAGAAAACUGCUUUUGUUGCUUGGAUUAUUCGAAAUGUCUUAAUACAAAUGUUUGUAUGUGACAGCAUGCAAAUCGUCUAUGGUAUCCUCCUCCUACUGAACAUGUGUAAUGUCAAAGGCAAGCCUAUACUGCACUAAGAAGAGAUCAAACCUGACAAACGUUUUGUUUUCUCCUCAUAGGACCUUUGAUCUGUUACUCUCUAAAAACCUGGAUGUAAAUUUGAUGAGGUCAGAGCCUCAUUUAUUAGACGGACAUGCGUUCGCUGCUAAAACUCUAUGCACCAACCUGAUGAUUAAAAGGACUUAGUUUUU